UCUAAGCCUAAGAGUCCGCCAAAGUUUCCGAAGUCUCCGAAGGGAAGUCCUAACAAAAAGACUCCUAAAUACAGCAGAGGACAGAACGACUACUACCAGCCCUCCCCACCACCGGCCGGCCAAAAGAGACAGCUUUAUAACAACCCCUACACUACUGAAGACGAGGACACGACCGGACUUCCAGAGGAAAGGGAUGACAUAAUUCAAAGGGAAGUGAUCGCCAAUAAACCCGCCAUUAAGACGGAGGGCAGCGCCUACUCUAAGAGCAAAGGCAAGGGAAUGAAGCGCCGGUCGCAUCCGGACACUGAGUACAACCAACAGGGACUCAUCGCCCCGGGAUCGUCCGAGUUCCAGACGGUCGGCAACUACCUGUCCACCAAAGACUUUCACCUGCAGGUGAGUAUAGGCAGCGGCAACUACGCCGAGGUGUACCGGGCGGUGGGGCCGAAGGGAAAGUUGGUUGCAGUCAAAGUGAUUAACUUACGGAAGAUUGAGGGCAACUAUAGGACGAGUUUUUUGCCGAAUGAGAUAAAAGUGCUCCGAAAGUGCAAACAUAACAACAUUAUUAAGAUGUAUNGUAUUGAGGGCAACUAUAGGACGAGUUUUUUGCCGAAUGAGAUAAAAGUGCUCCGAAAGUGCAAACAUAACAACAUUAUUAAGAUGUAUGAGAUCUCGCAGACAGAGAACCGGGUGUUUAUGGUCAUGGAGUUGGCCCCGUAUGGCACCCUCGCUGACUGGCUCAAGGAUAAGGGCGCUCUCACCGAGACACAGGCCGUCCCUAUCUAUAUACCCAUACUGGACGCCAUGCACCACAUGCACACCAAUAGGAUAGCGCACCGGGACCUGAAGCUCGAGAACAUACUGAUCACUCGCAAUCACGUGCCAAAGAUCUCGGACUUCAGUUACGCCAUCGAAUACCAGAAGAAUGAGCCGAAGACGACCACCUUUUGCGGAUCGUUAGCUUACUUCAGUCCAGAGAUACUACAGCGACAGCCGUUUGAUCCGAUCAUAUCCGACAUCUGGAGUCUCGGCGUCUGUUACUAUAUCGCACUCAACGACGGCCUGCCCUUCAAGUUAGGCGACGACCGGCUUAUGUUACAGAAACAGCUGACGAGGGACUGGCGGUGGAGGCCUAGAGUGGAGCCUAAUCUGUCGAAAGAGGUGAAGGAUAUGGUGACUAAGAUGUUAGAGCCGGACACCAGUGCCCGCGUCACCACCGACGCCCUCGUCAGACACAAGUGGGUGACCACCAAACGGACAGCCAUUCAAUGA